GCGCAGCAGCUACCACCACCACCGUUUACAGUCAUGCAAAUCGGAAUACUCGACUUCCUAGCGAUCAUUUUCUCGAUAUCUGUCAGUCUAGCUAUAUUCGUUCCCCUCACAGGAGUACUUGUAAGGUUCAGGGCGAACUACAAUCCCAAGGGACUCCAGUUGGACGCAGAGGGCGGUGCUCAACCACACACCGGUCCGGUAGUCCAGUCGUACUUUGGGAUGAUGAGAAGGGUCUACAACAUUGAGGGGGUUCUCGGGCUGUACAAGGGUUUCAUGCCAACUUUGCUGAGUACCGCGUUCGUGACUGGGCUCAUCAUCGCUUUCAUGGAUACACCGAAACCCUCCCAUGGGAAGUACCGCGCUCCAGAAGCGAGCAUACUGGGCACCUUGUUUUAUAGCACCCUUUUGAUGUUAAUAUCGCUUCCGACGUCUAUCAUGACAUAUCGCGCAAUCACGACUCCACUGAGGCUUCCUUGGCUCAACGCUGCCAAGUCCCUCCGGGUGCUACUGACUCCGACUGAACGCCGUCGACCAUGGAUACUUUAUCUCACCCCAGGCUUGUUGGCAGCAGAAGUUUCCCAUAUUGCUGUUGUCGUGAUGGGACUCAAUCCUUUACGUCGACUCCUCCUACCCAGUCAGACCGUCAAGUUCUUUGAGGAAGUCUCAUACUUGAAGUUUGGAAUCUACUUGAUCAUUCUCUCUCUGAGCGUCAUCGUUCUCGCUCCCUUGGAAGUGAUGGCGACGCGUCUGGCAAUUCAACGCAACCACUCUUCCACGGAAUAUAAUUCCGUAUCCCAAGAAAUUACCGGGGAUGCUGAAGGGCCAAACGAAUUUUCUGGGACUGAUGAAGAUGUCAUUGGUCUAAGAAAUGAAGAGGAUCCGUACCUUGGACUGGUGGAUUGUGCCAAGAGAAUUGCUGAUGAGGAGGGUUGGAAGGCAUUAUAUCGGGCGUGGUGGAUUACUUUACUGGGGACUUUUGGGAGUGUCAUAUCUGUUUAAUUCAUUUGAACAUAAUUUCGUGACUCGGAUCGACCUUGUUAUCUGUAAUACAGCUCAUUUCUUUCAGCGCGACUGCC